CACAGCCGGUUCGCUAUACCUUGCGCCUCCAUCAGGCGUUCACAGUACCGCGUAGAUCGUAACCAUGUCAUCCUCCCUUCCCGACACGACACAACGUGUGCACACUGCCCAGAAUGUCGGUUGUCGCAGUGCCUAUCGAAAACCGUAGACGAAGCCCCAAAGUGAGAACAGGGUGCUUCACCUGCAAGAUCAGACGAGUCAAAUGCGACGAAGCAAAGCCUAGUUGUUCAAGAUGCACGAGCACAGGCCGCAAAUGUGACGGCUAUUCCAAGCCCAAGGACGCCUUCCAGAUUCAGGUCUUCACCCCGAGGGAGCCAGUGAAGAUAGCCCGGCCUGUCAUGUCAGUGUUAUCUGAAUCCGGCGAUAGUAUCAGAUACCUGGAGUUCUAUCACCAAUGCGCUGUACCCUCGCUCUCAGGUCGAUUCGACAGAGACUUUUGGUCCAAAACCUCACUGCAGAUGGCCCAUGCGGAGCCAGCGGUCCGGCAUGCAGUCAUUGCACUCGGCUAUCUGAACCAAACAGAGUCAGGCAGCCUGAAGCAUGCUCGUUCCAAGUUCCAGGUCGUAAACGGAAACAACGUUUUCCUACAUCAUUACAAUCAGGCUGUGAGGAAGCUUGUAAGCCGCAUGGCCGAACCUUCUUACUCGCCAGAGAUUGGCCUUGUCACUUGCUUGCUGUUCGUUUGUAUCGAAUUUCUACGAGGGAACUACUGCACCGGAUUCACUCAUAUGACCAAUGGGCUUAGUCUUAUUCGCGAAUGGCAGCAGCAACGCAGAGUGGAUUCACCGCUCGAAGAUUCAACGUACACCGAAGGCCCGGUGGGUUUAAUAGAAGACAUCCUGCUACCAAUGUUCCAGCGUGGCGUUGCGACAGCGCAGUUGUUUGGCGUUGCAACAGAGGAGCACCUUGAUGUACCGUAUCCAAACCCCGACCGCUUCAUCCGACUACCUUUCUCCUUACAAGAGGCUGAGCGUUCGUCGCGAGAACUACGAAAUGCUACGGUCAUGUUCUUGCGUCAGACAGCUAUGAGGAAGAUGCAGAAGAUGGCUUUUGAUGAAGAGCGGCAAGAAAAACAGGCCCGGCUUAUCGAGUGCCACCGAAUUUGGUUUGAAAGAGUUCAAGUCGCCGAAGACAGUCAAGUGUGGUCAGAAGACGACUUGGUGUCACUUAGCGCUCUCAAAGUGGCACUUUACGCCUUGACGACGUACAUCGGAUGUGCGGCAAGCACGCUACAGGUUCCAUACGAUAGAUACCUCCACUGUUUUCGGGCACUCAUCCGUCAUGCAAAGAUUAUCAUGGACGCCAUGGAGGUCAAUACCACUCAAGCUGCCAAGUUCACAUUCGAUAUAUCGAUCAUUCCACCGCUGUUCCACACCGCGACACGUUGCCGGUGCCCAGCGACCCGCCGCAAAGCUGUCGCGUUGCUCGCACGACGGCCGCCUCGUGAGGGCUUGUGGGAUGCGGAACAACUUCUUCUUGUCACUCAUCGGGUGAUCGAGAUGGAAGAGAUGGAGCUGGAUCCACACACUGGAUGGCCAGUGGAGCACAGCAGGUUCUACAGUACCAUCGUUGAUGGAAACAUGGACGCUAAUGGAGGCUUCUGUGUAUACUUUGUGCCGUCAGCGUGGGCAGGCGAAGUUGAUGAGACAGGUAAGGAGAGAUCGAUAGUGGAGCGAUUCUAUAUGUAACGAUCAUAUGCGAAUCAGAUACUAGUCUGAUGAGAAGAACGAUGAGCUGUCGUGUUCAAUUCUACAUUUUCCU